GAAUUGAUCGACCAACAGUUGGAGGCGGCAAAAUUGGAAACGUUUUCCCCAAACACAAAUGAACCCUAACCCCGGCCAACCCGAACCGGAGAGGUAGCCAACCCGCAAGCAACACCGCUACCAUGUGGCGCCGCGCCUCCCGCCUCCUCCUCCGCACCACCGCCGCCAUCCCCACCCGCCGCCUCCUGCCUUCACAUCCGCCGCUACCCCUCGCCCCAAGGGUGGCCUCCGCAUCCUCAUCCUACGCCACAGCCGCCGCAGCCGCGGCCGCGGCGGCAGUGUCGGCGCCCGCGGCGAGGGCGCCACGUACGGUGGGGACCCUGCUGCGGCUCAACGACCUCCGUGACAACCCGGGCGCGCGGAAGCAGAAGACGCGCAAGGGACGCGGGAUCGGCUCCGGCAAGGGAAAGACGGCGGGCCGCGGUCACAAGGGGCAGAAAGCGCGCGGCACCGCUAGGUUCGGCUUCGAAGGCGGCCAGACCCCGCUCCGCCGCCGCCUGCCCCGCCGGGGAUUCAAGAACCCCUUCUCACUCACAUUUCAGCCCUGUGGACUGGGGAAAAUUGCAAAGCUCAUCAAUGCUGGGAAAAUUGAUUCCUCUGAAUUGAUUACCAUGAAGACACUAAAGGAAACAGGUGCCAUUGGGAAGCAAAUAAAGGAUGGCAUUCGUUUAAUGGGCCGUGGAGCAGAAGAAAUCAAAUGGCCUAUUCACCUUGAGGUGUCAAGGGCAACUGCAAGGGCCAAAGCUGCCGUGGAAGCUGCUGGUGGGACAGUAAGGCUGGUGUAUUACAACAAACUUGGAUUCCGGGCGCUCCUGAAACCUGAGUGGUUCGAGAAGAAGGGCCGCCUGUUACCAAAAGCAGCAAGGCCUCCGCCCAAGCAGCGAGACAAGGUCGAUAGCAUUGGCCGCCUGCCGGCACCAACAAAGCCACUCCCCUUCACUCCAGAGGAGCUGGAAUUUGCAGCCAAGCGUGAUGCCGCUCGUAUGACCGUGACCGCAUAAGAUGGGAGCACGUUGGCAGCACCUUUUUUUUUUUCUGUUCUACACAAGAAAAAAAGCAUGCCCCACUGAAUGUGCAUCACAUUAGCUUUAGGAGGACAUGUAUAAGAAUGGGCUGUUGUAUCUUUCUUUUCCCGCAAGGAAUGGACUGUUAUAAAUUGAAGGUCCAUUCCUCGGAAUGAGACUUGGCAUAGUUUCUGAACUUACCUUGGGGUUUGGAUUGAUGAAUGCAGUUUUUCUGAAUAGGCUAAUGUAUGGUGUCAUUUUACUUGCCACCUUUUGAUCCUGGAUUGAUACUUGAGGAAUGUCGUUUGUCUGAAA